ACUAAUCGAUUUCGAUAUCGAUUGUACAAGUACCAACUGAGCACAACAGCAGCCUAACAGCGCUGCCAUGUGCAUAACAUUAAAAUGCUAAGCUAACAUAACCAGGGAGGGCUGCCAACAGCAAUAGCUCAGCAGCUCAAUAGCAGCAGCCGAGCAUCAAAUUUACAUUUCUUUCUUUUUUUUUUUUUGGUUCAUUUAUUUGGCUGUGCACGUGCGUCGAGAGCAUUUUCAGCUGCAAGAGUGCACAAUGGAGCACCACACAUAUGCAAAAAGUGGCUCCAAGAAGUGGUCUGUGGAGGAGAAGCGUCAGCUGGUGACCAAGCGCAUCGAAGCCGAAGAUUUGUUCUCCAAGUAUUCGUCCAAGCAGACGGAGCCAUGGAAAAAGUUCAAGGACAUGGCCAAAAUAGGCGAUUACAGCGAACGCGCCCUGCGCAAACAGUGGCUCAACAUGGUGCAACGGUAUCGCAUCCAGAAGUCGAAUAUGCAGGUGACGCCGCUGAACAAGCAGUGCAUCGAUGUGCUGAAUGAGGAGUGGGAGUUCUUUGGCGAGAUCCAUGCGUAUAUGAACCAGAAGACCACCGACCUGCACUCAUACGCCCUCAAGGAGCCCAAUGUCCAGGAGCAGCCGCACCCUGACACCCAUUCCCAUUCGCAGUCGCCCAACCAUUUGGCCAUUCGUGGCGUUGUCAAUGACCACAAUUUCGGUCCGUUGACAGGUGCAAAGCCAUUUCAGAAGAAAAACCAAAUGGGAGCCACUCCUGUGGAUCGGCCGACACCACAGGAUCAGCAGGAUGAUCAGCUGCCCCAAGGCAGCUCCAAUGAGCAGCGCUAUUCUCACUUUAGUGUGACAACGGGUGACGAUUCGACCUUGGACCUAUUUACUGAUUCAGAUUCCCAGGAGAGCUCACAACCAUCGGAUCCGGUUGCUGUCGAGGUAUCCGAUCUAUCGGAAGUGGAGUCCCUGUUGGCCUCCCCUUUGCCCGCUAAGUCUGCGUCCGAAAUCUGCGAGCCGAACACUGUCGAACAGUUGCCCACCAGCUACGAAACAGCAUCGGGCUCCAUGCCGCUGGACGAGCAGCCGUCGGCAAUCAAAUCGGCCAGCUGGUCAGGAUCAGCAUCAGCAGGGAAGAAGCCAGCGACGGCCCAGAGGAAGCGAAAGGUACUGAGCGAAAAGGAGAAAUACUAUAGACAUCGUCGCCGCUACGAGCAUCGCAUGGAGCGCCGUCUGGGCGGCCUGUGCAAGGUGGCGGGACAGCUGCUGGAGAAGCUGAUGCCCGGCAUGAAUGUGACGCCGCUGCUCACGAAUAUCUACAAUAGCGUCGACGACUACAACUGCAACAGCAGCUGCGACGACGACGACGACGACGACGAUGACGACGACGAGUCCAAUGAUGAUGCAGUGCCUCAGCAGUGAGCGAAGUGUGGCAGAAGCUUCAAACAUCAUGUUCCUCUAUAUAAGAAUCAUAUAUUGCUUUAUUUAUAUACAUAUACCCACCAACACACACACACAGACACACACACACACACACACAUACAGGACUAGUAGAAAUGGAGAAAGCACGAACUGUAUUCAAAGAAAAGACUUGACUAAGCUCUAGAAAGUUUCAAUUUUGAUCUCCCAAAGAUCGGCAAGGAUUAUUGUAUGUAGAUGCUCGCUUAUUGUUAGAGAUAAACACCCACACACACACAUACACACAGAGCAAUACUAUAAAGAAUGAUUAUAUAUAUAAAAUAUCAAAUCUGGGUAGAUAUUUAUGUAAAUAUAGGAUUGGUUGAAGACGGAAGAAGACAAAAGUUGUGUGUCUUAAGAUAUGAUUUUAAUGAUUCUAUUUAUACGGCUAAGAUUCGAACUGAUCUACAGAAACGUUAGGGUAUAGAUCAUAUAGAGCAAUAUCUUCCAAUGUUCCAAUGUUCCAAAAAACAAUUGGCUUAAAUAGUUGACAUCUAUGGCUAUAUAUCGACUAUAUAUUGCAUUAAUCGUUUGGGAGAGCGCUAAGGUCUUUAAAUUGACUUAUAUAGUUGAUAAAUAUAGGAUUGAUUGAAGGCGGUUUAAGGCAAAUUGUGUGUGUCUCAAUAACUCUAGUUCAAGAACUAUCAUUAGAUUUAAGAUUCAAACUAAUGUGCAGAUUAUUUAAGCAAUAUAGCAUUAUCUUCUUUGUGUUGAAUCAAGAUUUGUGAAUGUUCUAUCUUUAAAUUGGCUUAUAUACAUAUAUAUACAUAUAUAAAAUUGAAA